CAAUCGUCGAUAUUGCAACAUGGCGCACGGUCGCGUGUACGGAGCGCUUCAGCGACUGCCGUAUGUGAAGACUGCUCCCGAGAUCCUUGAGAUGCGCUUCUGGCGGCAUACAGUGAAGGAGAAAGUGAUGGUCGACCCCAUUCGAAGGGCAAAGAAUCAAACCGACCGUUUGAUCAAUUACCAAUUGGCCAAGCUGGCGUCGAUCACGUCACAUGUAGCGAACGAGUUUCCAGCUCUUCGUAGCUUGCAUCCUUUUGAGCAUGAGGUGGUCGUGCUGACACUCGGUCAAGGCGCGUAUGAAUCGCAGCUCAAGCACCUUCGCAGAGUGUAUUCGGCUUUGCACCAGUGUGGCAAAUCCUUUGAAAUCGAGAACAAGCAAGUGCGCACUCAAAUCGAAUCAGCCGACGUCAUGGCGCGAUGCCUUGAUGCCCUGAAAGAAGUCGUUCAUGGCCAAGCGCCAGUCCUCCACGACACGGCCGAAAUGGCCAAGACUUUGCGAAAGUUGCCUGAAAUCGACUUGAACAAACCAUUGUUUGCACUCGUGGGAAGCCCCAACGUCGGCAAAUCGUCGUUGGUCAAGGCGUUGACGACGGCAAAUCCCGAAAUUGCAAAUUACCCGUUUACGACGCGAGGGGUCACCAUCGGGCACAUUUUCAUUCACGGCAUUUCAUAUCAAGUAGCCGACACGCCGGGGCUGCUGCUUCGUCCCGACGACCAGCGCAACGCCAUUGAAAAACUGGCGCUCGCCAUCUUGACCAAAACCAAAGCCACGGUCGGGUUUGUGGUCGACCCUACAGGCAGCUCGGGAACGUCCGUGGCCGUCCAAUUGGCCUUGCGCGACGAACUCCGAGCGAAGUUGCCUGAGAAGGCGGCGACUUCCUGGAUCGACCUCGUCUCCAAGAUAGAUGUGCCGUAUGAUCGUUCUACGAUUUCUCCUUCGGACCGAGCGCUGCUAGCGACGAUGCUUCCCGUGUCCACGGCAACCAACGAAGGCUUGGCCAAGGUCGACGCGAGUGUGCGUGCGAUGCUGCAGUCGGUGGCGCUUGGCCAGAACGACCAAUAAGCUAUCGAAACAAGAACGUUGUCACACAUGG